CCGUCGCUCGCUCGCUCGCUCGCUGCAUGGCCGAGCCGGACCCGAAGAACCGUGAAGAAAAAUGUCUUAAAAAACCCCCCCAGAAAUCCUGUUUCGAACUAAAAUCCAUUCCUUUUUUUUCACACCCCCCCCCCCUCCUUCUCCCCCUUUCCCUCGUUCGGACCGGGGGCGAGAUUGCCGACUGCGCUGCUCCGGAGCAGCCAAAGACCGAGUGCGUGUGAGAGAGAGAAUAAGAGGCUUUGAAGGGAGUUUAAAAGAAAGGAAAAAUAUUUUUUUUUAAAGGACAAUUGAAGCAGAAAGUUGGCUUAUCGGAUAUCAAACCCGAAAUGGCUUGCGAAGCAGGUCAAUUAGAUUGUUGAAGGGCAGGUGAUUAUAGGGAGGAGGGGGAAGAUAAAGUAGCAAGAGUUUUUUAAAUCUAUUUUGCUCCAAAUAUGGUCGAACGAUAAAGUUUGUUACUGUGGGCUCCUUUCUUCCCUUCCCGGCAAAAGCUGUGAGCAGGUGGGUGGGAGAAAUCCCCCUCCAAAAUAUGUCAGUGCAGCGAGGUUCUGUGCCUUGGCGGAGUGGCUGAAGCUCUCCCAAAGCUGCGCCGAGUUGAACAACAGCAAGCACAAGUGAAGGGGGGGGGGGGGGGGGGCAGGGCUUCCGUGCACUGUCAACGCUAGAGGGGGCGCACCAGUCCAAACUGAGCUACACUACAUAUUCCUCCUCUUUCCCUCUCCCCUUUUUGUUCGCCUUCCUUCGGCGAGAGAUGAAGCUCAGGGACCGACAAAUGAAACUUUAAACAUUUCACCGAAGCUCUUUGCUUGCCAUGCUUGCCUCUUUUUAAGGCUGGAAUUGGUUUUACUUUAUAAUCCCAGGAGCUAAUUUUGACUCGAUAUUAUCUGCAGAACAGGAAGUUGCUUGCACAGAUUUGUUCAGAAUUUGAAGAUGAGACGUGGGAUCCACAGAACGAGUAUUCUCUUAUGAUUGACUUCGUGAUUACAUUUAAAAUAGAAACUGAGUAUGUAAGGCAAAAUUGUUUAUCAACAUUGACUUUAUGAAGAAUCUCAAGUGUUAAUGUUUCAUUAAAGGGCAGACAGAACCAUGUGGCGAUUGCUUACACUGAAGCUUGGUCGGUUGUACUGCUGUUUGAAGUUCCUGUUUGUGGUGAGUCUGUUGGUUUUCAUGUUAAUGAAUACGCACACGUUAUUCGACUCCUUUCAGAAGAAUGAACUUACAGAUCGUCGUUUCAUUAGCCUCAACAAAUGUCCAGCAUGUUUUGGCACUAGCUGGUGUCGUAAGUUUAUGAAUGGCCAAAUCACUUUUGAAACAUGGGGUCGCCUGCGAAUUCUGGAUUUCUUGAAUGUGAAAAAUGUCUACUUCGCUCAGUAUGGCGAGCCAAGGGAAGGUGCAAGGCGUAUUGUUCUCAAACGCUUGGGUUCUAAUCAAGAACUGAUGGAGAUGGAACAAAAGAUCUGCAAAAGGGCCACGGGCCGACCUCGUUGUGAUGUUACACAAGCUAUGUACAAGACUCAGUUUUCCCGUUUAAAUGGAGAAGUUCGGUUACUGACCCCAGAUAUUGUGGAAGGGUGGUCAGACUUGGUGCAUUGUCCAUCACAGAGACUCCUGGACAGAAUCGUACGUAGGUAUGCUGAAACAAAGGAUUCUGGAAGCUUUUUGAUGAAGAAUUUGAAAGACUCUGAGCGGAUGCAGCUGCUUCUGACAUUGGCUUUUAACCCAGAACCACUGGUUCUUCAGAGUUUUCCAUCAGAUGAAGGAUGGCCUUUUGCAAAAUACCUUGGAGCCUGUGGGAGAAUGGUGGCUGUAAAUUAUGUAGGCAAUGAACUUUGGAGUUUCUACCAUGCACCUUGGGAAAAACGAGUAGACUUGGCCUGGCAGCUGUUGGAAAUCGCUGAGCAACUCACUAACAAUGAUUUUGAAUUUGCGCUCUACCUCCUCGAUGUCAGCUUUGAUAACUUUGCUGUUGGAUCUCGGGAUGGAAAAGUCAUCGUCAUUGAUGCUGAGAACAUAAUUGUGGCAGACAAAAGGUUAAUUAAACAAAAUAAGCCUCAAAAUUGGGAUAUAUGGUACGAAAGCAAGUUUGAUGAUUGUGGAAAGGAAGCCUGCCUGUCAUUUUCGAAGGAUAUUUUAUGUUCUCGUGUUACAAUUGACCAUAACUACUAUGCCAUCUGUCAGAACCUGCUCUCCAGGUAUGCCAACUGGCGUGGUACAUCAGGAGGGCUCUUGCAUAACCCCCCCCCAGAAAUUGUCAGAGUUGGCAGACUGGAAGCCUUGCUCGAAGAAUGUGCCAACCCAAAGAAAGAAUAUGGUCGAUUCCAGGCAGCAAGAGAAUUACGAGAUUACCUUGCAAAGCUGAACAAUAAUGUAAGGUAGCUCAAAAUGGGAUCUACUGGUUUUUUUACACUAGUUACUAGUUUGAAACUGCAGUUAGUCAAAUGUGAGAGUGGUUCCUGUGUAGAAUGUAAAUUUAUAUUGAAUGAAACUAUGCAGAUAUGACAGCACAAGGUAAUAAUUAGUGCUUGGAACAACAAUGGACAUCUGCCAACCCAUGUGUGGGGUUGAUUAUCUGAUUAGAGCAUUGAGCUUUUAUUGACUCUGCCCAUGGGUGAAGACCAGCAGGUCACUGGAGAUAAUAGACUGACAGGUUUAUUGAUUGCACAUGUGUCAAAGGGCAAUUGACAAAACACAACUUUACUGUCACAAAUUGUGAGGUUGAUGCCUUUACUGAAGAAACCUUGCUUAAUUGAAAGCCUGUUUCAAGGCUUAAACCUGCUGAUAUUGUCUUGCAUUUCUAUAUUUUCAAUAAGGAAACGUUAAGUUUUUAUUAAAAGACUUCCAUGUACUGCCAUUAAAAUGUGCAAGAUUUUGAUA